AUGCUGGCCGUCGAUACGGCUGGCAGGAUAUACGUGUACCUCCUUCCUGAGCAGUUUGCUGGCGCAUCCGCACCUACUCUCUCGCCUCGCACGCGGAUAACACCGCCUGUGAAGUCGGCAUCGACUGCCUCGGCACAGGUGCUGGAGGCAUGCUUCGGGCCGCAGCCUGGUCAGAUAUGUGUUGCACGCCUUGUAGGCGGUGUGCGGCCCGUAUUGUCGACUAUAAAAUACCUGGACGAUGCGUCGGACUUCAUCUCGGACACCGUCAUGGAGGAUGUGGACCCGGGACUCGUUGCGUCUGCUACCUCAGCUACUGGUACGCAAAAGCGAUACGGCGAGUCCGCCGGCGUCGCCGUGCGCUCCGGCCUCGACCUCGGGCAAGACGAGGACGUCGAGGACGCCCCCGAGGGCGAUCUCAACGUCGACCUCGCCGAAGCCAGCCUAGGCGAGCGCCUCGCCGUUCCCCCUCCCGAGUCCGAAUCCGACUCCGACACCCCCAAGCACGCCGGCGCCUCGAAGAAGAAGCGCGACGACAUCGGUAUCGUCCCCGCGGCCUCGCUCACGCGCACGCUCGUGCAGGCGCUGCACUCGGCGGAUGCGCGAUUGCUGGAGACGUGUUUGGCGCAUUCGGAUGCGGGCCUCAUCCGCAACAGUGUAAGGCGGCUGCCGCCUCAGCUGGCGGUGCCGCUGAUCAAUGCGUGUGUUGAGCGUUUGGGUCGGGGUGGCAGGGCUGGGAAUGCGAAGGGUGGCGGGGGAGGUGCGAGCGCGCAGCGUGGGACGGCGCUGGUAACGUGGAUACGGACUGUGCUUGCGGUGCAUGGGGCGCAUCUGAUGACAAUCCCCGACCUCGUCGCGAGGCUUGCUGGCCUGCACAGCACGCUCACGCAGCGCUUGGCCCUGCACGAGAGCCUGCUCGCCCUCGGCGGCCGUCUCGACCUCGUCCUCUCACAGAUCGAGAUGCGCAGCGCACCCGCACCCGCACCUGUCGCCCCGCGCGGCAAGAAGACGAAGACCGUCAGCAAGAAGGCCGAAGUUGCGCGCUACGUCGAGGGCGAAAGCGAAGAGGAAGACGCCCGCAUGGACGUCGAGGUUGAGGUCGGCGACGAAGAGGAUGGCGACAUUGAGGAGGUUGCUCUCGGCGGGGACAGUGACGAGGACGAAGAUGACGAGGAGAGCGCAGAGGAUAGUGAGGAAGAGGAGGAUGGAGAGGAUGAGGAUGAGGAUGAGGACGAUGAUUCAGACGAGGGACCAGCGCUGAAUGGGUUCAUCGAUGACGAGGCAGAAGAGUAUAGCGAAGAGGACGAGGAGAGCGAGUGA